UUCAUCACUCAUUGUUUUUUUUUUCAUUGUUUCAAAAAAACACACACAAAAAAAAAACUAUUCAAGGGUUAGGAUAGGAUCUUUAGUAGUAUAUAGAUAGAGAAACUGUCUUUGUUUGUGUUUUGUGUUUUGUGUUUAUGUGUCUAGUGAGAGAAAAAUUAGGGUAGAGAGAGAAAUUGAAAGAGAGAGAAAGAGAAAAGGCUUUUGAAUAGGACAAACUUUCAACUUCACUACUACUACAUACACUCCUACACACACUCUUUCCUCACAGCACAACUCCAUAAAACACAAACCAUAGCAAGAGAGUAGAGCAUAAUAAUCAACUGUGUUUUUUGUUUUUGGGUUUUGGUUACUAACUAAAGGUUGACCCUUUAUUGUAUGUGUGUAGUAAUGAAGAUAGUUUCAGAGUUCAGAAGAAAGUAACCAAGAGAAAGAUUUAUGCUUUCAUGGGAACAUGAGAAAGAAACACUUUGGUUUUGGUUGGUAGGUAGGGUUUUUGUGUGUGGUUAAGGAAAAAAAAACACAAACUUUUCUUGAGUAAGAUAGUUACUAAUAGAGAGAUAUACUUGAAAAAAUUGAAUUUUUAGUUUUGGGUUUUGUUAGUUUUUUGUUUUGGAAGAAACUAUGGAUGGUUAUGAAGCUACUAGGAUUGUUUUUCAAAGGAUCCAAACCAUGGACCCUGAAAACGCUUCCAAAAUAAUGGGUUUACUUCUUCUUCAAGACCAUGGUGAGAAAGAAAUGAUUAGAUUAGCUUUUGGUCCAGAAUCACUUCUUCAUUCAGUGAUUUUCAAAGCUAGAAAUGAGUUAGGAUUAGCUUUGAACUCUCCUUCAACAACACCUCAAUCACCUUCACCUUUUUCCUCAAGCAAUCCUGUUCCAAUUUCAAGACAAAACUCAAACUCAAACUCAAACUCAUCUAGGGUCUUAAACAGUGGCAUGACUCAUCCUUUGAAUCUCAGUAUCCCAAAUCCGAAUUCAUCUUGGGCUGAUGAUUCUAGUUCCAUGAACACUUCUUCGCCUUUUUACGGUAAUGGAGGAGUUUCUGACUCUAUUGAUGAGUUUCAGCUUCAAGACCAGCUCUCUUUUCUUAACGAUGGAACUUCGUCGCCUUCGCUAAAGAAUUCGGAUUUGUUUUACUCUCAGUCAGAGUUAUCUUCUAGUCCUAGUGGUGGUGGAAGUGUUGGUAAUGGUAAUGGUAAUGUUAAUGGUGUUGACCCUUCGUUUUUUCCGUAUGGUUAUGGAGGUUCGAUUCAUCGAAGAAGCUGUUCGGUGAACGAUGCUUGUUUGGUUUCUGAGGAUCCGAAUUCUGGCUUAGGUUGGAAGCCAUGUCUUUACUAUGCUAGAGGCUACUGUAAGAAUGGAACUAGCUGUAGGUUUCUUCAUGGCGGUUUCGGAGAUGGCGGUGAAGGCGCUGUUGGUUCUCCUAAUAAGAUUGAGAUGAUGGAUCAGUGUCACGAACAGCUUCUUAGAUCUAAAUCUCUUCAGCAACAACGACUCGCUGCCAUGGCUACUUCAUCUUUUCCUUACUCACCUAAGAGCUUGAGUUUGCUUCUUCAGCAGCAACAAAGUGAUACUCAUAGAGCUGCAGCUGCAGCACUUAUGAUGAAUGAAGAUUUGCAGAAAUUUGGAAGGUCGAGGUUGGAAAGAAAUGAUUUUUCUUUGAACAAUAUCGGAAUGAUGAAUCCGGCUUCUCGGCAGAUAUACUUGACUUUUCCAGCUGAUAGUACUUUUAGAGAGGAAGAUGUUUCAAACUACUUCAGUAUUUAUGGGCCGGUUCAAGAUGUCAGGAUUCCGUAUCAGCAAAAAAGGAUGUUUGGAUUCGUUACGUUUGUUUAUCCUGAGACAGUGAAACUCAUUUUAGCGAAAGGAAACCCUCAUUUUGUUUGUGAUGCGCGAGUGCUUGUUAAGCCUUACAAGGAGAAAGGCAAAGUCCCCGACAAAAAGCAGCUACAAAUGGAUAGGGGAGACUUUUCUCCUUGUGGUACACCUACUGGACUAAACGGCGGAGAUCCGUUCGAUCUUCAAGCUGGAGGGAGAAUGUACUACAAUACUCAAGACAUUCUCUGGAGGAGGAAGUUAGAAGAACAAGCUGAACUUCAACAAGCUCUCGAGCUUCAAAGUAGACGACUCAUGAGUCUUCAACUUCUCGACAUCAAAAAGCAACACCAUCGCGCACUUUCCUCCGGAAGUCCAAUUCCUUCACCAACUCAAUCUCCUAACAUGUUCAAUCAAAACUUUGCAUUUUCAUCUUUCCACAGCAGCUCAGAAAGCCAAGAGGAGAACGGCUCUGGUUCGGGUUCAGGCUCCGGCUCCGGCUCCGUUAGCGCUGCAUCAAUUCCCGUUGAUCCGCAACUAAACAUUGUCAAUGGAGGAGAAGGAGAGAAUGGAAACAGUGACACAAGUGGCAAACAAACCUCAACUCAUGAAGAUAGUGAUUUACAAGAAUGCUUGGAGCAUAAUCUCCCUGAUAGCCCUUUUGCUUCCCCUACUAAAGCUAUUGGUGACUACAUGGCUGCCUUCAACACUGGACCUAAUGAGGCCAUUGAUUCAGAUGCUUCAGCUUCAUCUGCCAACUCCAAAUUUAGUACUAACACAGUUCUUCCACCGUCGUCUCCUCUCGACAUCGGGCCUUUCACAUCCUAUAACUGCCAAAUACCUAGGUUCACUUCUGGCCACGGAACCAUCGGCAUGAUCGCCGGAACCGGUGGACCAAUUGGCAUUUAGUAUUUAAUUUUCUCGGGUCCAGGGAGAGAAACAUGAAAACAAAAAAAAUCUUGUAGAGAAUCAAUCAGCACCGUUGAAGGAAUCAGCAUCAAUAGCAUCAAUGAUGAAUACUAUACUCUAAUUACUUCCAUACAAAAUGCAUACAUCAAAAGCAGUUCAGUAAAGGAAGUGGGACAUGCAUUCACUUUCUUUUCUCCUUAUAUCAUAAUUAUUAUCAUUAUUAUUAUUGUACUAUUUUCACUUCUCAUUUUCUCUCUAGUAUUUUGAACUCAACCACAUGUUAAAAAAAAACAAUAGUAGCAAAAAAAUCAAGAGAGUGAAUAGUAUCAUUAGUAGUAGUAUAGUAUAGCAGUACUAGUAACAACAACACCUUGGUUUUAGUUUUAUAUUAGAAGGGUAAUUAAGUCUUUUCAUGGCUGAAGCUGAUUAUAGAGAAAGAAGAUUGUUGUAUAACUACUACUUCAAAGUGAUUAAUGAGAGUUGAAAAAGUUAUAAUUA